GUGCUGGUAACAUCAGAGACAAUGGUUGUUUUAACCACCCUGAGGUCGCCUUGUAUUACAGAGAAUGCCAAAGAACACCAGCCUUUGGAAUGGAGUGUGGAAGAGGAUACUAUUGGCUCGGGGAUGCCGGCUGCCGCUGGGGACGGGCUCAGCGAGUCUCCCUCCAGGUUCUUAGCUGGGGAGAAGCCCCCUGUACACCUGGAAGAGACCUUCCUGCCGGCCUGUAUCAGCAACGUGUCCCGGGAGACUCUGCGCAACUUCCAGCACACCAAGCGGGUCGGCAGCUACCUGAUCGGCAGGAAACUGGGAGAAGGGUCCUUUGCUAAAGUCCGAGAGGGGCUGCAUGUGGUCACUGGAGAGAAGGUGGCCAUCAAGGUGAUAGAUAAGAAGAAAGCCAAGAAGGACACGUAUGUUACUAAGAACCUUCGGAGGGAGGGCCAGAUCCAACAAAUGAUUAGGCACCCUAACAUCACCCAGCUCCUUGACAUUUUGGAGACAGAGAACAGCUACUAUUUAGUCAUGGAGCUGUGCCCUGGGGGUAACCUCAUGCACAAGAUAUACGAGAAGAAGAGGCUGGAGGAGCACGAGGCACGAAAAUACAUCAGGCAACUUAUCUUGGCCGUUGAGCAUCUGCACAGAGCAGGAGUUGUACACAGAGAUCUGAAGAUUGAAAAUCUGUUACUGGAUGAGAACAACAACAUCAAGCUGAUCGAUUUUGGACUGAGCAACUGUGCUGGUAUCCUGGGGUAUAGCGACCCUUUCAGUACGCAGUGCGGGAGUCCUGCCUAUGCCGCUCCAGAAUUACUUGCAAGAAAAAAAUACGGCCCAAAAGUGGAUGUUUGGUCUAUUGGAGUUAAUAUGUAUGCCAUGCUGACCGGCACGUUGCCAUUCACCGUGGAGCCUUUCAGCCUGAGAGCUUUGUACCAGAAGAUGGUCGACAAAGAUAUGAAUCCGCUGCCCACCCAUCUCUCUCCGGCGGCCAUAAGCUUCCUCCGGUCUCUACUGGAACCUGACCCUCUUAAGCGGCCAAACAUACAACAAGCACUGGCGAACCGCUGGCUUAACGAUAAUUACCAUGGCAAAGGACUUCACACCUACCCAAACAGGAUUCACCUGGAGGAUCUCAGCCAAAGCGUGGUGCUCCACAUGUCUGAGAAACUUGGCUACAAACACAGCGAUGUGAUCAAUGUCAUUCUCUCCAAUCGAGCUUGCCAUACCCUGGCCGUCUACUUCCUCCUAAACCGGAAACUGGAGCACUAUUUAGUGAACAUGCGGAAACCAGACAUCAAUGACAACGUUUGCCACAAAAACCAGUUUCAUCAGUUGGAAAAAUACAAGAUGAACAAGAACUCUUAUGAGGAACGGAGAAGCAAGGACCUAGAGAAACGAGGAGAGCCGCAGCAGCGCCCUAUUCCGAGGAAACUGGACAAAUGUUCCCCCUCGCACAGACAAAACGCCUGCCUGACGCCACAAGGGCACAGCAACAAAGGUCCUGUUAAAGAAAGGAGAUCCUCUAAGUCUGAGAGAGAAUCCUUUGGAGGUCUAAGUCCUUUCCAUGAAGUCAGGAUAACCAAGACGGGAUGCAUGACUUCUUGCUCUUUGGAGUAUCUGGAAAUGCAAAGUCCAGACCCCAGGACGCCGAAGAUUAUGAGACGUCAAGAUUCCCACUCCCAAGAGACUGUAAAUGUAAAUAUGGGAAGCCGGAUAAGGGAAACCCAUCUCAACGUUGUGCGUUCCUUUGAGUCCGUCAACAGGGAAGACCAAAUAGAAUCACUAUCCCCAAAUCACCAGUACAGAGUUAUUGGGUCCCCAGUGUCCUUCUCCCCCAGGCAUUCAAGUGAAAGAACUCUUUCCCCAAUCUUUCAGUUCGACAACACUUCUCCUUCAAAGAGUCAUUUCAAUCAAGCUUCCUUCACGUACGAUGACAAAAGCAGUCCAUCAAGUCCAGAGUCAAUGUCACCAACUUCUCCCCAUUCCCCUUCUUGUAACAAUAACAUUUCUGGCAAUUUAGGAAGCCCCAACUGUGUCAGAAGUAGAGGUCGCUUCCCAAUGAUGGGCAUUGGACAGAUGUUGAGGAAGAGGAACCAAGUUGUAUCUCCCAAAGGAGAAAAGCCUCUUGAAACACGAAUGCCCCCAUUGCACCAAAUGAGCCCAGGAUAUGCCAGCUUUAACUCCAGUGAUAUGAAUGGGUUCUGCUAGUUUAUGGUUUCUGAAGGAUAUUGCUUUGCAGAAGUCCUGUACUGUGAGGGCUAAUCCAUUGUACGAGGAAAAGACUUAUUGAUGUACAUGUUUAUGCGACUGUAUUCUUGCUUAAGUUCUACAACAGAUUUGUCCUUGCCAAUGACGCACAUGAUUCCAGACAUACAAAGAGAAAAGACAUAAAACCCUUAGAACUCAUCUGCUUGGUUCUUUGGACCAUAAACAGUUUUUGCAACUGUUGAUUCCAGGCCCGUUGCACUAACCCUGAGAUACUUGACUCUUUCGGAAGCACAAGAGAACUAAAGCAGAAUGAGAACAAUGGGGAACGUACGUCUCGCCUUGUACAAGUUCUGGAAGAACAACAUUGCACAUGAAAGCUAAAUAACUGUGAUGUUCCAGGCUGUACAACAAACACCCUGUUCAAAGCUAAAUGUUUCAGAUCAUAUUGUCAAACUGCUGAUACAGUUCUCACUUUGUUGUUAUUUGUUAUAAGCUGCUAAAUAGCGGAACAGUUGGACAAUUAGUCAUUAUGAUAUAUGUGUAGAAUACAGUUUCUAGAUGAAAGUCUUCUGAUAACUAUGUGCUUUGUAUAUUUACAUAAUUAUUGUUCACCCAUCUUUUUUGUUAUUUCACACCCUCUUUAUUAAAAGAACGGUACCGCUUUACUUACAGCAGUGGCAGCAGGAUUGUUUCCCCCCUAGUUACACUUCCAGCCCAAAAGAUAUCCAACCCGUAGCCCCUGAACUCUAAUUCCAGCAUCCUCAGUAGUUUUACAUGGUAUGGAUAAUGGGGCAGUUCGUAGCAGUUGGGCGGGACAGAACUAUAAGUAGGUCAUCCAAAUUCUAUGUGGAAAAAACCAAGUAUUCCUUAUGAGGUCUAGAAACUCAUGUAAGUUGUAACCACCGGUCAGACCAGGAAUAAGUUCUAUUUACACAUAAGAGUAAUGUAACAAUACAUCAGCUGGCCCGAGUGCAGGUUGUUUCGCCGAUCUUCAUGGCAGAUGCGCACGAGCCUCUCACAGGGCCCCAAUGUGGUCUGGGCCCUUGUGCAAUUGCACCCUCUGUAGUUCCGCCACUGGUUUCAAUGUGACUUUGCACACAGAUUAGUAUUUAGAAGUAGUGAUGAGCGAAUCUUCCCCAUUUUGCUUUGACAAGAAAUUUGUGAAACAGCAAAAAUAAUGGGAAACGCAUUAAAGGCGACUUUUUUGUAGCAACA